AUGGCGCAAAGGUGUGAACAUAGAGAAUGGCUUGACAAUGCCAUUAGAAAUAAUCAAAUUAUCAAAUACGAUUAUAAUACAUUUAAUAAUAUAACGCCUAUCGGACAAGGAGCAUUCAGAAAAGUUUUCAGUGCAAUAUCCUCUAAGGUUAAAAGCAAAGUAGCCUUGAAAUCUAUCAAAAUUAAUCCAGAUUUUACAAUAGAAUUACUAGUUAACGAGCUCAAACAACAUGUUCGUAUUGAAAUUGAAAUUGAUGAUUAUGUUAAUAAUAGCCAACCAGAUAUAAUCAACAUCAUUCAAGGACUAACUAAUGGAAUUGAUGCUGAUUCUGAAAUUUUCCAUGAAUUAUACGAAGUUUUAAGUUCAACAUCGAAUUCAACAACUAAAGCUUUAAAUUUAACAUCAAAUAUUAAUGAAAUUUCAAUUUCACCAUCAAAUUUUGAUGAUUCAAAAACUCUAGAAUAUAUAGAUAAUAAUAUUAAAGACCCUGAUAAGCAGUUUUUACAACAAUUAGUGCAACUUUUCUUUAAUCAUAUAAAUAUUUCUGAAGAACCCAAAUCGCUUGUUAAUAAAAUUGAAGGUUUAAUUAAAGAUUAUAACGAAAAUUCAGAUAAAGUAUUUAAAAAAUUAUUAAAACAUCAAGGACAGCCAACUUUUUUUACGACUAUGGAAUUGGUAUUAAGGUUAACAAACGAAAAGCUCAGAAGAUGUAUGAGCAAGCUAAAAAAUACAAAAGCAAUAUCCAAAGCCAGUCAAAUAGCAUUAUAUCUUUAA